AUGCUCUUCGACGUUACAAAAAAACUCUUCGCGCGCAGCGACCGCGUCAAAGCCGUCGAUUUCCACCCAACCGAGCCGUGGCUCCUCUGCGCACUGUACAACGGGACAGUCCAGAUCUACAACCACACCACCGGCUCGCUGAUCAAGUCGUUCGAAGUCGCCGAGGUCCCGGUCCGCACUGCGAAAUUCAUCGCCCGCAAGAACUGGUUCGUUGCGGGCAGCGAUGAUUUCCAGCUGCGGGUGUUCAAUUAUAACACGCACGAGAAGGUGGCGAGCUUUGAGGCGCACCCGGAUUAUAUCCGGUGUUUGACGGUGCACCCGACGUUGAGCAUUGUCCUGACUGGUAGCGAUGAUAUGACUAUCAAGGCUUGGGAUUGGGAGAAGGGCUGGAAGUGUAUCCAGGUAUAUGAAGGGCAUACGCAUUAUAUCAUGUCCCUCCAAUUCAAUCCUAAAGAUUCCAACACCUUCAUCUCCGCCUGUCUCGACCGCACGAUCAAAAUCUGGUCGCUCGCCUCCGGGUCGUACUCCUCGACGACGACCUCGCCCAACCUCACCCUCGAAGCACACGACAAGGGCGUCAACUACGUCGACCUGUACCCUCUCUCGGACAAACCCUACCUCGCAACCUGCGGCGACGACAAGACCGUCAAAGUCUACGACUACCUCUCCAAAUCCUGCGUCCAAACCCUCGAGGGGCACACCAACAACGUCUCCUUCGCCGUCUGGCUCGAGGGGAUGCCGCUGAUUGUGAGCGGCAGCGAGGACGGGACGGUGAAGAUCUGGAACGCCAACACCUACCGGAUUGAGAACACGUUGAAUUAUGGGUUGGAGCGGGCGUGGUGCGUCGCCCUCCGUAAAGGCGCGAAUGAGAUCGCGGUUGGGUUCGACGAGGGCGUCGUGAUCGUCAAGCUCGGCCGGGACGAGCCCACCUACAGCAUGGACCCCUCCGGCAAACUGGUAUACACGAAGAACCAAGAAGUCGUCUCUGGCAACCUCGCCACCCUCGAGAACGUCGCUGCUACAGACGGCGCUCGGAUCCCCUUGAGUACGAAGGAUAUCGGGACGACGGAGAUCUUCCCGAAUGCGCUGGUGCAUUCGCCGAAUGGCCGGUUUGUGACUGUCGUGGGUGAUGGGGAGUAUAUUAUUUAUACGGCGUUGGCGUGGAGGAACAAGUCGUUUGGGAGUGCGGUGUCGUUUGCGUGGGCUCCGGAUUCGUCGACGUAUGCGGUGUUGGAGUCGAAGGUCAAACUCAAACUCUUCAAAAACUUUAAAGAAAAGACGGGUGCGGGUGGGAUCAUGAAAGGUGCUGGCUCGUGGGCUCUGGAGCAGGUCUAUGGCGGGCCUGUACUCGGCGCGCGCGGGAACGGGUUUGUGAUCUUCUGGGAUUGGGAGAGUGGGGAGGUGGUGAGGAGGGUGGAUGUUGAUGCUAAGAAUGUAUUCUGGUCCACCACUUCAACCCACGUGGCCAUCUGCACCGACGACUCGUUCUACGUCCUGAAAUACGACCGGGAUGCCUAUACUGAUACCCUAGAAAGUGGGGUUGAAGUUGGAGAUGAGGGCGUUGAAGAGGCGUUUGAGGUUGUUGGGGAGGUUGGGGAUUGGUGA